CGCAGGACAUCAACUUCUCCUGGAUUGAUGAUGAAGAAACUCGUACUUUUGUUGCUGUUUGUUGAAAUCAUCUCAGCACUGCCUCUUGCAUGUCUUCCCUCUCAGCCCGUCGAGGCCGUGGAGGGAGGAUCAGCGACUCUUCAGUGUCGUCUGGACCGCCCCAUCGACCUGUCCUCUACAACAGUGGAAUGGAAUAGAGGACACACCCGUUACGUUCAUGUUUAUCGAAGUCGGCGCGACGACCCUGAUUCCCAGAUGCUUCAGUACAGAGACAGAACCACUCUGAAUCAUGGAGACCUGACCAGAGGAGUCCUGACUCUGACCAUCUCCAACGUAUCUCUGUCUAACAAUGGAUCUUAUGAAGUCUAUCUCCCAGGACCAGAGGUCAGAUGUUCGACUCACCUGACCGUCGUAACAAAGGAGCAAGAGAACCAGACCAAGAGGAACGACUCCAGCACAACCUCACCUCCAGCUGGAGAGAGAAAUGAUGCUUCAAACAGAGAGGCUGGUCGUGCUGCUAUCAUUCUCACAGUUCUCCUGAUUCUCUGCGUUCUCGUUGUUCUGAAGAGAGGGAAGAUCCCGAAUUAUUAGAAAGAAGGAGAGCCGAAGACCUCAGAGGGAGAUCAGCAGAGCGCUGCAGAAGAAGGCCUGGUGGGGUCAGAGGUCAAAGACAACAACAAUCAACCAUCAGAUACGGUCUAUUAAUGGGUCAAUCAAGGCAGAAUAUACCUUUCUAUAUCCCCUGACAAACAGAGGGCUGGGCCAUCAAUCAAUAUAACAUCUAUAUUGUGACAGACGAGGUAUCAUGUUGGAUUUAUAUGUGUGUUCUCUCUUCCAUGUUUUUAAAGCAGCAUUACAUUGAAAUCAUGUCAUUCACAAACUAGCAUUAUCUGUUUUACCCACUAGGUGGUGAUAUCCAUGACAUGUCAUUGUGUAAAUAUUUUUAUAAAAACAACAAAUAUAAGUCCUGCAGUUUCAUCACAAUGAUGAUAUUUGUAUUUAUGAAAAUAUUGUGAUAUACAAUCAGGGUGUCCGCGGGGUCUUAAAAAGUAUUACAAGUUGAUAAAUCAAUUUAGCGAAAAUUAAGACUAUUAAAAAGUAUUA